AUGCUUCGUGGGACUCCUGAGAUUACCCCUCUUAAGGCCCUGACCCACCAAGCCGACGGCAAAAGAACUAGCGGCGAUGAAGCCGACGAAGCCGACUGUUCGCCUCACGUCGCCCUGUGUAAGUACCGCACACUGCACAGACUACAGCCGACGGCCAACCAGCCAACGGCCAGUUCUGCGCAUGCAUGGUUUCGUGCAGCUGAUAAAAUGUCUGAUAAGUUGCAAAUGGCACUGGCAUUGUCAGCCCUUGGUCCUUUGCUUGUGGAAGAAGAGAGGAAGACGCGGAGAGGAAAAAUAAGGAGAAACCGCACGAAAUGGGUGAAAUCAUGGAUACUGCAACAACAGGCUCAAGGGGCUUUCCCAAACCUGUGUCGAGAGCUGGAGACAAAUGAAACCUCCGAUUUUAAAAAUUUUGCUCGGUUCUUUCCUGUCCAGUUUCACGUGUUGGAGGAACUUGUCAGUCCGAUCAUCCAGAGGCAGAACACUAACUACCGGGAUUGUAUCUCCGUUGGGAAGCGGCUGAUGAUUACAUUGCGCUUCUUGGCAACAGGGGAAAGCUUCAGGAGCCUUUCUUACCAGUUCCGAGUGGAAGUGUCAACAAUUCGGCAAUUGGUUCCUGAAACCUGUACAGCAAUCUACCAGGUUUUAAAGGAGAAAUACUUGAAGUGCCCAGACACAAUUGAAGAGUGGCAGCAGGUAGCCGAUGGAUUCCAGGCUCAGUGGACCAGCUGGCUCCUUAUUGCAUUGUGGCAGAUGAGGCAUUUCCCUUGAAGGAGUACCUCAUAAAGCCAUAUCUGAACUGCAGGCUAUCUGUAGAGCAACGCAUCUUUAAUUACAGGCUGUCACGAGCUCGGAGGGUGGUGGAAAAUGCUUUUGGAAUCCUAGCCAAUCGUUUUCGGGUCUUUCUAACCACCAUUAACAUUCAAGACACUGCCAAAGUGGAGGACAUUGUUUUGGCUUGCUGUGCUCUGCACAACUUCCCGCGGACCGAGAGCUGUGACCAAUACAUGGCAGGGAUCGUUGACCAGGAAGGACCAAAUCAUGACACUGUCCCAGGAAGAUGGAGACAAGACCCUGACCUACAGCAGGCUUCCCUGACACACACAACCAAUGCUACAAC